AUGUCCGUCCCCGCCUUCACCGCCGCCCUCAUCGCCUCCCAGUCCAACGAGAAGUACACCGCGGAGGUGCAGACCGCCGCGGCCAAGGUCGAUCUCUCGGCUCUAUCGGCGGCCGUCGAGGCCGUGCUGGCUGGCGAUGACGACGCCACGGUCGAGGGCGAGCAGGUCGUUGCCCUGAAGAGCGGCUUCGAGUAUGCCACUGUUCUGGUCAAGAUGUUGACUGCCGAGCCGGGGUCGGAUGAGAAGUUGGAGCUGUACAAGUACUUCAAGCGUGCUCAGAACCAGACGCCCGCUGAGCCGUCGUUUUACCAGAUGGAGGCCAAGUUCAAGUACAACGCGUGGAAGGGAAUCAGCCACAUCAGCGAGUUCCGCGCCCAGGCCCUGUACAUCCAGCAGGUCAACACCCUGGUCGAGAAGUACGGUACCCGCGAUGCUUAG